UAAACUGGAGAGAUUGGAGCGGUGAGGUGCACGGCCCCUGGUUAUAAGCCCCGGGAGUGGGAGCGCAAGUCUGCUUGGACCCACAGCCUUCAGCUCAAUAUACACCGCCUUACUAUGUGCCUGCCUGUUUGACCGCCUGCGUGACUGACUGACUGACUGACUGACUGACUAAGUGCCUGAGUCUCCCUCUCCUGUUACUCUCUCUCUCCCUCUCUCUCUCUCUCUCUCUCUCUCUCUCUCUCUCUCUCUCUCUCUCUCUCUCUCUCUCUCUCUCUCUCUCUCUCUCGCUCUCUUUCUCUCUCUCUCCGUCCCUUACCAUCGCUUCGUCUCCCCCCCCCCCAACACACACCCCCGGCUUUCCACCCUGGAGUGCGACAGCCAGUGCGGAGAUUGGGAAGGUGCGCCACAGACCUGCUUCUGGACAGCCUGAAGAAAACUCAGAGAGGAAUUUUCCCUCUUCUCUUGCUCAUUCUUUCUCUCACUUUUUCCUCCUCACACUCUCUCUUCUGUUACUAUCUCUCAGCAAAAAAAAAAAAAAAAAAAAAAAGAAAAAGAAAAAGAAAAAUCACACGGACUAAUAUUUUUGUGUUUUUGGAACAAAAAAACAUUGGACCAGCUCAACGUUCCAAGGCUUUGCCAAGAGAACUCGUCCGCCGGCUCGUCUUUUUUGGCCACAUGUUCACUGAAUUUCUGAUGCCGUCACAUUCCAUGGGAGACACGCGUGGCUGAAGGAAGGAAGGAAGGAAGGAAGGAAGGAAGGAAGGAAGGAAGGAAGGAAGGAAAGGACGGACGGAAGGAGGUAGAAGAGAGAGACCCACCUGAAGCUCACACCUACCCACUUUGUCCACCCCUACCCCCCGUGACACACCGAGGAGAGAGAAAGUUCUUUGUGUGUGACGUCUGGAGCCUGAGAGGCUGACUACCAUGCUGCUGGCUCCUGUCUGCGUGCUACUGAUGCUGGGGGGUCGUGCCCUGGCCGGAGGAUACCCCCCUAUGCCCCAGAUGAAGUACAUGCAGCCCAUGAUGAAAGGGCCCAUCGGACCUCCCUUCCGAGAGGGCAAAGGACAUUACAUUGAUAUGCCACCCAUGAUGGAUGUGAAGGGCGAGCCAGGCCCCCAAGGGAAACCUGGACCAAGAGGACCCCCUGGACCAGCAGGACUUCCAGGGAAACCUGGAAUUGGGAAACCAGGUCUUAAUGGUCAGACGGGUCCCCAGGGGCCUCCGGGUUUUCCAGGAAUUGGGAAGCCUGGGCUUCCAGGUCUCCCAGGAAAGAUUGGGCCAAAGGGGAUGCCAGGGCUUAAAGGUGAAAUUGGUCCUCGUGGUGAACCAGGUGCCAGAGGUCUUCCAGGGCAGCCUGGUCUCCCUGGUCCUGCGGGCUUGUCUCUGAAUGGAAAACCCGGCCUUCCUGGCAUCAGGGGCCCACCUGGCUCCCGUGGAGAGCCGGGGCUAAAGGGUGGCCCUGGCGCUCCAGGCGAGCGUGGGUUUAAGGGUGAGAAUGGAAAUGGGAAGCCAGGCCCUACAGGCAUUAGGGGCCUUCCAGGGCCUAAGGGCAAUGUGGGGCCACCUGGUCUUCAAGGUGUGGGUAAAACAGGACCAAAUGGGUUUCCUGGAGCACCCGGUCCUAAAGGUGACCAGGGGCUUCCAGGGGAACAAGGAGAACCAGGAGAGGCAGGGGCUCCGGGUCUUCAGGGUUUGCCAGGGCCAAUUGGUCUGGGGAAGCCUGGGUUAGAUGGCUUGCCAGGAGCACCAGGUGGAUUUGGGGCAAAGGGUGAGCCGGGGCCCAGGGGUGCCCCUGGAUUCCCCGGGGCUCCUGGCUAUGGUAAACCUGGACUUAUUGGAAUAAAAGGAGACAAGGGCCAUGGCGGGCUACCAGGGCUUCCUGGGGACAAAGGAGAGCCAGGAAUGGAGGGCCCAAUGGGGGAGCCGGGCCUUGAUGGACAAGUAGGACAACCAGGAAUUCAAGGCCCUAUGGGGCUCCCUGGAAAACAUGGAAUGCCGGGACUCAAAGGAGAGUUGGGCCCCCAGGGGCCCCCAGGUCUGCCUGGCCUCAGAGGUGACCAAGGCCCCAGUGGGCUCUCAGGAAAACCUGGCAUGCCUGGAGAGAGGGGCAUCCCUGGUCCUAAUGGGGCUAUUGGAAAACCUGGCCCCAAAGGUGAGGGAGGGCAUAUUGGCCUGCCUGGAAAUCCAGGACUGACAGGUGCCCCAGGGCUGAAAGGUGAGACAGGGUUUAUGGGGGCUCCAGGGCCCAGGGGCCAGUCAGGUAUCCCUGGGCUCCAGGGGCCUCUUGGUCCUAUGGGCCCACAGGGUGUCCCAGGCUUAAAGGGUGAACCUGGAUUGCCGGGCAUUCCAGGGCUUGGUAAGGGGGGAGAGAAAGGAGCUACAGGACCCCAAGGUCCUCCAGGGAAACCAGGAAUCGCUGGGCUUAAUGGCAACCCAGGACUUCCUGGCCCUCCUGGUCCUCCAGGUCCUCCGGGAAAUGGCCAGACAGUCGUGGCAGGACCAACAGAUUCACAGUUAGAAGGGGAUGAGGUACCUGGAGACAGGAAGAAGCCUGUGUACAGUCACGUUGCACUCUCUGCCUCUGUAGCACCAGCCUUCACUGCCAUUCUCACCACACCAUUCCCUCCGUCUGGCAUGCCCAUCAAAUUCGACAGGACCCUGUACAAUGGGCAAAAUGCCUACAACCCUGCCACUGGCAUGUUCACUGCUCCUAUGUCUGGUGUCUACUACUUUGCCUACCACGUGCAUGUAAAGGGAACCAGCCUGUGGGUGGCACUGUACAAGAACAAUGUGCCUGCCACUUACACCUAUGAUGAAUACAAGAAGGGCUACAUGGACCAGGCAUCUGGUAGUGCUGUGCUGGAGCUGAAGGAGGCUGACCAGGUAUGGGUCCAGAUGCCCUCGGAUCAGGCCAAUGGCCUCUAUUCCACCGAGUACAUCCACUCCUCCUUCUCAGGAUUCCUGCUAUGUCCCACAUAACCCUGUUUUUCCAUUCAAAUAAGUCCCUGUGCUGGCGCCUGAGAGCAAACCUAAAAUACCUGCAGCCGUAAUAGAAACAAAACAUCCAUAAAGAUAUUGAUAUUAUUGCCACCAUCUUCAUCAGCAUCACCUUCAACAUCAAAAGAAGAAAAAAAACUUUGUGAAUGAAAGAUGGAAAGAGUUAAAAGACAGGGGAAAGAUAUUAAUGCUGUGUUUUUGUUUUUGUUUUUGUUUUCGAUGUCUUUUGAUCGUCUGUUUCGGUUUGUGUUUAUGUUGUUUUUAUCUUAUGAUAUGAUUAUUAUAAUUGUUUUAAUUUUAUUGAUAUUAUUUGUCCUUGUCACCAUUGUUGUUGUUGUUUAUUGGAUUCUGACUAAGUGCCUUACUUUGCAUUGUGUAAGAAACAGACCUUCCCAUUUGACUGCACAUCCUGGCCAUAUGCUCUGACACACAGAUAGGAUGACAUCAUCAGACCCUGGGAGGCAGGCUGGCUUCCCUGGCUGCAAUCCUCCCCUGCAUAAAACUGAGAUUGAAUGACAAGAGACUGAUGUGUAAACAGCAACAACACUUGACGUAUCACAAAAAUUGAGCAACAACAGCAAAACACAGCCUUCAGUGUCAUAAAAAAAGCAACAACAACAUUACUUUUCCGUUGGUCGUCAUCAAACCCUAUAGGUAUUUCUAAACAACUACUACACUGAGGAUUAAAGGACAUAAUUCACCAUUCUUUAUUGUUAUAUAAUGAGGUAUAUAGUGUGGCAUUUAAACAGUUAGGCAAAGGCAUCUGUUGGGUGCUAAUUUCUAUUCUAUGUUUUAAAUUUGAGAAGCUGAUCAUUGAAAAUGAUGGCUUUAUGUCAUGGAUAUAACUUAUUGCUCUGUCCAGAUCAUGUAAGAGACAUACUGUAAUCCAAGAAUGAUAUAAUCUUACAUUAACUGAGCUAUUGAAAUCAAAUUGGCCUUUUUUGGAAAAUAUCAACAUCAUGCAAGGACAAUGAUGUGUGUUUUUAAUAACUUUCAUUGCAGUAAUGGAGGACUACAUGUGUGCAUACAGUAAAUGUGUAUAUGCCUUAGAAUAAAAAUGCUGAGAGGAACUGCCGGUUGACACUAAAGUUCCACCUGUGAACAGAUUGGUGCCCUGCUUCCUUUUGUCAAUCUGGUUGCUAUUCCCGAUCCACAUGUCUACUGCUAUUAUUUGUGUCACAGUUACUCGGCACCGUGACAUCACUGCAUGAUAUCACUAUAUCUUAUGCUAUUACUAGCUGCUGGGAAAUCAAUAUUACAGUGCAUUUGAGAUUUAUAUACCAUCGGAAUAGUAAGCACGCUUUGGCUGCAGCUCAAAGCCCCACGCUGACCACAUACUGCAACCCGUAAGAUCUGUGAAGAGGCUGUAAACCGGUUUAGGUUUGGAAAGUAGGGACACAAAUACGCUAGAAACAAAGCAAUCUCCUGGUUCGUUUGCGUCCACUUCUUCCUUUGGUGCUAAUUUCUGUUUGACUUCUAGGUAAGCAAAUGAGAGUUCUGGAAAAAAAAAUGCGUAGUCCUAAAUUUAGUGAUUUUUUCCCCUUCGUUCUCCAAGCAUCACUUAUGCACAGCACAUAUAUAGGCUAUUACUUAGAUUUAAUAGCUUAGCUAUUGUUUAUUUUAGUGAAACACCCCCGGUUACAAAGACAGGUAUUUUUCUGGACUCAACCUCAAAUCAUGCAGUUAUAAUUUAACAUUGAUCUUGGUCUACUCUAUGAAUAAGUAAAGGGACUGAGUGAGAUGCACAUUUUGAGAAAAAAAAAUAUGUUGCUAAACUUUUAACAUCCCCCUGUUAGAUUUCUGGAAGGAGUAGUGGGGUCAGUGGUUGUAGAUGUGUAUUUGUUCUUCUCUGUUAAAGUGUUAUAGACAGAUGCUGUGCAUGUAUGCAUAUGCAUGUGUUCUAGUGUGUGUGUGUGUGUGUGUGUGUGUGUGUGUGUGUGUGUGUGUGUGUGUGUGUGUGUGUGUGUGUGUGUGUGUGUUGUGUGUGUGUGUGUGUGUGUGUGAGCGAUAGAGAGUAAGGAGAAGGUGAUAGAAAGAGUAAGAGGGUGUUUUUUUGUCCCAUUAUCCCCCUGGCAUUCAGGUCAUGAAUAAUAUUCUGCAAGGAUAACAGUAAACUUGAUACUCACAAGCAAGUCAAUAUUCAACAAGACGUAUGACUUCAAAUAUGUUUUACCUCCAUUUGGGGUUACAAUAAAAUCACAUACGUGUAUUACAACACUCAACAUUCAGCCGUUGCGAAGUAAGGGAACAAGUUGUGAAAUAGAUGAGUGAAUGUAAUGACCAGAUGAUGGAAAAUGUACAAGAAACUAUGUUACUAGAAACCGAGUAUUGGCCAGCAGUUAGCAGGUUAUUUUUCAUACGGAUCAAAAAUAAAUAAAUGUCAGGUUGCUGUGCAAUAUUUCUGUGUUGUACCGAGUUGCAAACAACUGAGACUUUGUGCCAAGCAUGCAAAAUCUGUGCACAGAGAAUUUUAUCAAUGGCUGCACUGUCAGUGAGGUUAAUGGAGAGAUCAUGGCAGCAAAGGCGGAUAUGGCUUUAUGUUGAAAAUAUGGAGGUCAUGUAACUGUGUACUCGCCCGAUGUGAACGAGUUCAGAGAUGAUUCUGAUGUACAUGGUGGUGGCGUAUCAUUCUCACGUGGCUGACAAUAGCCAUACCCAAACAAAUUCAUCACACUGAAUUUAGAGCUAGUUUACAGUUAGCUAGCUUAGAGUUAGCUGUAGCGGUAUCAGAAGUACAAGACUCUGCUAAACAUUGGUCUUUGCAGUCAGAGUGAAUGUAUGCUAUUCGACUGGUUUACAGUAAUGGCAAUGGAAAAAAAAACUUAAGACGUUCAUGCAUAUGAAACCAUGGUGUCUCACGAAACACACACACACACACACACACACACACACACACACACACACACACACACACACACACACACACACACACACACACACACACACACACACACACAAAUAACUAUCCAAGUCUCAUUGAGAAUCCAGUCCCAGGAUGAGGCUAAUCAGUAUUUCAAAUCUGUGUAAUGCACUUGCUCUCGCCCUGUCUGUUACCACAACACCAACACAACCACAGUUUAUGCAUCAUUACUUCCUACUAGACAAUUCAAGGCUCAUUGUGUACUGUGUGUUGCAUUUUUUGUGUGUGUGUGUGUCUCCUUCUUUUAGACAUUUGAAAUGGUCAUUUGAAUUGUGGCUUUUGCUUUUGUCUCAUGUUUUCAUAGACAAUGUCACUUGCUUGCAGAGUUUUGCCCUGUGUGCAAAUCCAUUUAACAAGUGUCAGUAAGAUCUGUUGUUCGGUUUAAGUCACAAAUUGCUUUGACUUGUUUUCUAUUUUUCUUGAAAAAAAAAACAAACAAAAAAACAUGAACAAACAAAAAACAAAACAAAACACAAAAAAAAUACAAAAAAAAAUAUCGCUUCGGUUCUUAAGGGAUAUUUGUUUGUUUUAGUUUUGAUAAAUACAAACGGCCAUUCCCAUUUGCACAUGAAAUUAAUGAUGUAUUUAUACAUUUGUGAUAAUUUAAAUAGGAAUGCCAAAACUGACCACCGAAGCCUAGAACGUAUAAAUGGUAUUUAACAGCAUUUGAUGAGUUAAGAGCAUUUACAACAUGUAGUUAACAUCCUAGCGUUGUUUGUGAAGGAAUUUUUUUGUGGACUUUUAUUUUCUAUUUGUGUAAUGUACAAUGUAUCAACUUAUAGGAUUUUUGUCUUAUACAUGACUAUUGCGUGCACUCUAUGCAAUAGAAUUUGGGUAUAAAAUGCACUCUUUUUUUUUGAUUGAAAAUGUUUGUCUGCUUAUACAAAAUCAGUACAGUACUUGAUUGUAUUGAUACCACAUCAAUAAAUACUUUCUUGUA